AUGGUGAAGCAGAUCAAGAGCAAAUCUGCUUUUCAGGAAGUCUUGGACACUGCAGGAAGUAAACUCAUUGUUGUUGAUUUCUCAGCCGCACAGUGCAGGCCCUUCAAAACGAUCAAACCUUUCUUUCAUUCUCUCUCUGAAAAAUAUUCCAACGUGCUGUUUCUUGAAGUAGAUGUGGAUAACUGCUGGGAUAUUGCUGCAGAUUCUGAUGUCAAAUGCAUGCCACCCUCCCCAUGUUUUCAAAAGGGGCUAAAGGUGGGUGGAUUUUCUGGAGAUAAUAAGUAA